UUAGGCUCCUGGGAUUUGUAGUUCAGGGAGAAAACGCCGGUUUCGGGGGUCGGGACCAUGGCGGUGACCAAGGAAUUGUUGCAAAUGGACCUGUACGCGCUGCUUGGAAUUGGAGAGAAGGCGGCCGACAAGGAGGUGAAGAAGGCGUAUCGACAAAAGGCCCUCACCUGCCAUCCAGACAAAAAUCCAGACAAUCCCCAAGCAGCUGAGCUCUUCCACCAGCUUUCCCAGGCCUUGGAGGUACUAACAGAUGCUGCGGCCCGGGCAGCGUACGACAAGGUCAGGAAAGCCAAGAAGCAGGCGGCUGAGAGGACUCAGAAACUUGAUGAGAGAAGAAAGAAAGUGAAGCUUGAUCUUGAGGCCCGAGAGAGGCAAGCCCAGGCACAAGGGAGUGAGGUAGAGGAGGAUAGUCGAAGUACCAGGACAUUAGAACAAGAGAUUGCACGCCUACGAGAAGAGGGCUCCCGGCAACUGGAAGAACAACAGAGGAUGAUCCAGGAGCAGAUACGCCAAGAACGAGAACAGAGAUUAAGAGGAAAGACAGAAAAUCCUGAAGGCAAAGGAACACCGAAACUGAAGCUGAAAUGGAAGUGUAAAAAAGAAGACGAGACAAAAGGCGGCUACUCCAAGGAUGUCCUCUUGAGGAUUCUACAGAAGUAUGGUGAAGUGCUCAACCUGGUCAUCUCCAGUAAGAAGACGGGGAGUGCUGUAGUGGAAUUUGCUUCCGUCAAGGCUGCCGUGCUGGCUGUCAAGAAUGAAGUGGGCCUCGUCAAUAACCCCCUGAAGAUCUCCUGGCUGGAGGGUCAGCCACAGGGAACAGUGAGCACCGAUGGCACCAGCUACUCUGGAUUGCCACAGGGCUCCGUGCUGUCAGAGAGGGACUACGAGAGCCUCGUCAUGAUGCGCAUGCGUCAGGCCGCAGAGCGGCAGCAGCUGAUCGAGCAGAUGCAGAGGGAGGAUGAGGAGGGCCUGCCCACAUAGCCCCGCAGAACCCAGCCCCUCUUCCCCUCCUCCCUCCUUCUCCCUUUUCUUAAAUUAAUACUUAAAAUAAAUUUUUUUAGAAAGAAA